AAUACAUACAACUGGACAGACAACUGAACAAUAUCAAUCUUCAAUCCUAAGCAAAAGCUGAAGGAAGCAGAGAAAGAGAGCAUCCGAUAUUUGCGCAUUAGAACGAAACAGACAGAGAGACACCAUGAGUUUUCUUUUCGGAAAAAGAAAAACCCCAUCUGAACUGUUGAGGGAAAACAAGAGGAUGAUGGAUAAAUCAAUAAGAGAAAUAGAGAGGGAAAGACAAGGACUGCAAACUCAAGAGAAGAAGCUCAUUGUCGAGAUCAAGAAAAAUGCUAAACAAGGUCAAAUGGGGGCUGUGAGAGUAAUGGCAAAAGAUCUGAUUCGAACGCGGCAUCAGAUUGAAAAAUUCUAUAAGCUUAAAUCGCAACUCCAGGGUGUAGCCUUGAGAAUUCAGACAUUGAAAUCAACUCAAGCAAUGGGGGAAGCCAUGAAAGGUGUCACGAAGGCCAUGGGUCAAAUGAAUAGGCAAAUGAACUUGCCGUCAUUGCAGAAGAUAAUGCAAGAGUUUGAGAGACAGAAUGAGAAGAUGGAAAUGACAUCUGAGGUGAUGGGAGAUGCUAUUGACGAUGCUUUGGAAGGGGAUGAAGAAGAGGAAGAAACAGAAGAGCUUGUGAAUCAAGUGCUUGAUGAAAUUGGAAUUGGCAUCAAUAAUGAGCUUGUGAAUGCACCGUCAGCUGCUGUCUCUGUGCCAGCUGCGAAGAACAAGGUUGCCCAAGCCGAAUCCACUGGGAAUCAUGAAGAUGGUGGGGGUGGGAUAGACGAUGAUUUACAAGCACGAUUAGAUAAUUUAAGAAAGAUGUGAUGUUGGAGAGGAAGAGCAAGAGAAUGUUGGGAUAUAUGAAUGACGUGUUGGUCAAUUGCAUUAUAGAGAACUGAUAUGAGUGUUUUUUUUUUUUAACUAUCAUGUCUUAUGCUUAUAUAUAUGUAUAUAUUUGCAUUUUGUGGUUUGUCCCUUAAAAUGUGCUUAACUUUCAUGUCUACCAACAAGCAUUCAAGUAUUGAUUAGUUAAUGAUAAUUUUGAUGGAAAA